AUGGGGCCCGGAGGGUCUCCAACACCACCACCACCACCCACACCCUCUAGGGUCUCCAACACCACACCACCCCCCCACCCCACACCCUUAGGGGUCUCCCAACACCACCACACCACCCACAACCCUUUAGGGGUCUCCCAACACCACCACACCCCACCCACACCUCUAGGGUCUCAAAACACACCACCACCACCACCACCCUCUAGGGGUCUCUCACCACCACCACCACCACCACCUCUAGGGUUCCAAACACCAACACCACCACCACACCACACCACCCUCCUCAGGGUCUCCAACACUACCACCACUAGGGUCUCCAACAAACACCACACCACCACCACCCACCACCCUCUAGGGUCUCCAAAACCAACCAACCAACCACCACCCUGUGGGUCUCCAAACACCACCAACCACCACCACCACCACCACCACGGUAGGGGUCUCCAAACACCACCACCACCACCCCCCUCUAGGGGUCUCCAACACCACCACCAACACCCUCUAGGUCUCUACAACACCACACCAACACCUAAAAUUAGGGUCUCCAACCACAACCACAACACCCUCGGGCCCUCUAGGGUCUCCCAACACCACACCACCACACUUAGGGUCUCCAACCAACCACAGCAACCAAACCCUCUAGGGUCUCCAACACCACCACCAACACCUCUAGGGUCUCCCAACCCCACCACCAACCAACCCAUCAGGGUCUCAACCACCCACCAACACCCUCUAGGGUCUCCAACACCAAUAUUACAAAAUAUCCUUACAAAGCACUUUAGCUGCUCUGAAAUUCAUAAGUUGGCAUUUUACAUUUAG